GGGUGGGUGUGAGCUGCAGAGACCUGCAGAAGCAUGACAGGCGCUGCUACCUUUUCUCCACAGCUGAAGAAGCUGGAUCAGGCCGUGUCUGCCGCUCACACCUUCUUCGUCGCUAAUCCCCAGCACCUCCAAAUGCGGGAGGACAUUGAGAAGUAUCAGCGAAUGUCAGGGGUGAAGUCAGACAGCUUCCAGGACCUGGAGGCCACGCCACACUGGGAAGCAUAUGAGACUGGUGUGCAGCACUAUGAUGCAGAUGAGUACCUGCAGGCCGUGGCCAGGCUGGAGGAGUCACUCUCAGAGGCCCUGUCAGCCCUGGAAGAGUGUCGUGCCCUGUGUGAAGGGCCUUGGGAGGAUGAGGAUGAGGAGGAGAAAAUGCAGCCUGGCCUGUAUGAAGCCAUUGCAGCCCACUAUAUUCAGGUCUUGAAGUGCAGGCAGCAGUGCGUCCUGGAAAUUGCCACAAAGCCGGGGAGAAUUUCUGCCACAGAGGAUUUCAUACCAUCUCAUCUUGAUUUGCUGCAGUUUGCCUACAGCCAGGUUGGGAACCAGACACUAGCUGCUGAAUGUGCUGCCUCCUACUUGCUCUUCUAUCCCACGGAUGAGCCCAUGUUGGAGAAAAUGAAAGAGUAUCGCACAGAACUGGGAGAGGACACAGCUGUCACAGCCAGACAGAGUAUUCAGCAUUAUGUGCAGAGAUCUUUGAUGGAGAAGAAGUUGAUUUAUUAUGCAGUGGAGCAUCUGGGAGAAACUUUCAAUGACCCUGAUCUUUGGACUCCAGAUGAGCUGAUUCCUGAAAACCUAAAGCAGAAACACAGAGAGGAUCAGGAGAAGCAAAAGCGGGAAACUCUGGAUGUGGAAGAGAGGGAGAAGAGGGGUCCUUUGCCUUUUGAGGGGAUUGUUGUCACGAUGGAUUCCCAGCAGAUGAAUGGAACGCAGAGGGUUGUGUUCGACAGAGUGCUGACGGAGUCUGAGUGUAAGGACCUUCUCCGGCUGACAAAGGCAGCGGGGGAAGCAGGAGAUGGGUACCGGGCAAGACGGUCGCCUCACACCCCACAUGAGAGAUUUGAAGGGUUAACUGUUUUGAAGGCCAUGCAGCUGGCCCAAAAUGGGGACGUGGAAUGGAGAGAUGCCAAAUUGCUUCUGCAGGCUAGUGAGAAAUCUCGGAAAAUCAUAGAGUCCUAUUUUACUCCUGGAAAGAAACUCCAUUUUUCAUUCACACACCUUGUGUGUCGCAGAGCUGUAGACGGGGAACAGGAAGGCCGCAUGGAUCUUAGUCAUCCCGUCCAUGCUGAUAAUUGUCUCUUGGAUCCUGAGGGGCAAGAGUGCUGGAAGGAACCUCCUGCCUAUGUGUACAGGGACUACAGUGGCAUUCUCUACCUCAAUGAUGACUUCCAAGGUGGGGGCCUUUUCUUCACUGAGAUGGACAGUGUGACUGUCACAGCUGAGGUCCGUCCCAAGUGUGGGAGGCUGGUGGCCUUCAGCUCUGGCAAGGAGAACCCCCACGGCGUGUGGGCCGUGAGCCGCGGGAGGCGCUGCGCCAUUGCCCUCUGGUACACGCACUCCCAGGAGCACGCUGAGCAGGACCGGGUGAAGGCAGAGGAGCUGAUGGAGCAGAGGGCUGCGGAGCAGGACCAGCCUGGUGGAGAUAAACAUCAGGGGACCGAUCGCCGCAGCAGAUCCUCCUCAGCGCCUCGUGCUCCCAGCCGUGCCAGCAAGCCUGCGGAGCAGAGACAGAAGCCUGGCGUGGACAGGGAGCAGCACCCCACGGUGCUGCGGGCCAGAGAUGAGUUCUGAGUGCACGGGGCCCUGUGGACUGUCACACGCCAUGGCCUGGCAGGUCACGGGAGGACCGGGACCACGGAGGCCUGGAGCAGUGUAUUAGAGUGGUAGAGCCGUAGUGAUGGGGAGGGGUGCAGCUUUCUUCUCUGUGGUGUCCCAGCAGCUGAAAAACAGGAGAAGGGCACAGUGUGGAAGUCAAUGACACCAGGAACUUUCUUUGCUGCCUCACCGUGCUUGUGUCACUCAGAAGUAAGAAGACAAGCUCUUUUCACCCCACCCCUCUCAGUGCCAACUUCUUGGCCGUCCAGGGUUAAAUCUGAGAGGGGGAGGAGGAGCUUGGAGUCUUUUCAGCUGGUCUGUCUCACAGGAGCUCAAAACUAAAGGCUUUGAAUUUCCUAAGCACCUGCAAGCUCCAGAACAUUGCAAAGUGACCUGAGACAGGAAGAGUGAGGGACUGUGAAUAUAUGGAAUAAAAGCCAAAUGCUGGACACAGAUAUUGAUGGGAGUUUGACUCUGUAUACCAGGGAGACCUGCACUCUUGUUUCAGAUUGAAAUUUAAUUAACAAAUGAUGGGAAGGGAUUGAGCCCUCAGUGAAAGAUAACAAAGUAUUUGCCC